AUGAAGAAGAGAUCAGUGGUGUUCGUGCUCAUCGACGGGCUGGCCGACGUAUCCUUGCAAGAGCUGGACCAGCAGACGCCCCUGGAGGCCGCACACACGCCCGCCAUGGAUGCCAUAGCUCACGGAGGUCUCACAGGCCUCAUGGACCCUGUGGAGCCUGGUUACGCUUGUGGUAGCGACACGGCGCACAUGUCCAUCCUGGGUUACAAUCCCAUCGUUCACUACCGUGGACGUGGAUCCUUUGAGGCUAUGGGGGCUGGACUACCGAUGAGCAAGGGAGACGUUGCGUUCAAGUGUAAUUUCGCCACUGUGGAGCAGAAUGAUGACGGCCAAUUGAUUGUCGAAAGGCGACGUGUGGACCGCAACUUCCCGUCCUGGGGCAUUGAUCUUUGCAGCUUCUUGGAUGGACUUACUCUCCCGGAGUUUCCUGGUCUAGUGGUGGCCACGAAAUACGCUACGGAACACCGUUGCGGAAUUGUUUUCAAAGGCCCCGGACUCAGUGACAAAAUGACUGGCACCGACCCGUUAAAGGACCACUUGCCGCUGGUGACGUCAGAGCCGCUGAAUGAUACUCCUGAGGCUGCAUACUCGAGCAAGGUGCUGAACGCAGUAUCGAAUGCCAUCCACGAGAAACUUUCGGAUCACCCCAUCAACAAGGCGCGUGAGGCAGAGGGAAAACCACCGGCAAACGUGGUACUGCUUCGUGGCCCUGGCGAACGAAUUGACGUCCCAACGUUCACUGAGAUGCACGGAUUAACCCCUUUCAUGAUCGCCCCGACCUGCAUCAUCGCUGGUUUGGGCAUGUCACUGGGUUUUGAAAUUGUCUCCGCUUCUGGCGCCACCGGAGAUUAUCACACGAAUUUGCGUUCGAAGGCUGAGACGGCGUUGAAGGUGCUUCGUGGUGGCGAGUUCGACUUUGGUUUUGUCCACGUCAAGGCAGUGGAUGAUGCCGGUCACGACCGUGACGUCGCCAAGAAGGUACACUUCACUGAGCGCGCAGACGAGAUGAUCUCUGUGCUGUUGGAAGGUAUUCACGCUGACUGUGGAGAGGAGGCCAACGACGUGACCAUCGUUGUUACUGGAGAUCACACUACACCUGUCAAGUAUGGAGACCAUACAUUUGAACCUGUGCCGUUCGCAGUUGCACGUGCUGGAGUUGCGUACGAGAGGAUGCAGCACUUUAAAAACGUUGCACGUGGUGCCCUUGGUCGUUUUGCUGGUGACCAGGUGAUGAAGCUCGUCAAGAGUUUCCGUGAAUACGAACUAUAGGUUGCAUUGUUCAAACCCCCACACUCAAGACGUGUUCAGUGAAACAUUUGCGCCAUCAAAAGCGAGAUAACACCAAGCAUUUCCUCGAUCUCGUGGUCAGUAAAGUGCUGGGACAGACUUGGAAUCAGAGCCACAGCUUCUUCUACUUCCUCCAGGUACAAAUUGGACAAGCUUGCGAUCUCGAACUCCUCCAUGCUCAAACGAGAGCGACUGGAGAGCACUACAGGUUUGAAGUUUGCAUAUUACCGGUUUGACAUUCACAUCAAACAUUAGGAUAUUAAAAGUCACGUACUCACGAAGCUCAAUAACAGCAGCUUGGUUGGCCACAGGGUCUUUUGUUCCAGUG